ACGAUUCGUACAAGACGGAAUCUUACAGUUUUUAUGUCAGCCCUUUACUCCUCGAGGAUACUCGCGAAGACAGCUUUUUCGCCAAAGACUUGGGCAGGAACUUGACGGCAUCACUCAGCACCCUGAAGUUUAUGAGAAAGGAAGGCCUCCAAUUGGAGAAGAUUUUCGACAACCCUGUCCCGUACUUGAGCCGUAAGGAAUCGCGCGACGCAAUUGAACGCCUGGAGUCCCGAGCGCAGACACAGCCGAUCAAGGACCAUCCGUACGACGAGGACGAGGAAGGCCUUAAUUUCUUCAGCACGUACGUUUUUGACGAGAUCACUUCAUGGCUCGGCGACCGCAACGACGAUCGAAAGUCAGAGAUCGAGAUCCGGAUCCCCUAUUCGGGUAGCAAGAAGAGAAGCAGUGUGUACCACAAGAUCGUCCGAGUAACAGCUCAGAAUCUGGUUCCGCACAUGAAGUGCCGCACCUGGAACCAUGGUCUUUCUGUGAUUAUUUCACCAGAAGAUUCCGACGAGAAUCAAGAGAGGCAGCAAACGUUUCGAGAUAACCUUUCCGCCUCAAUCAGAAAGCAAACAGGUCUUCGCCUGAUUAUGGAGGCCCUUUCCGGAGGGCAUUUUGCGGAUAUCAUUGACCCGAGCUACAUUAUUGAGGCUUUAUCAUCCUGGCCUGGCGGCAUGACGGUACAGAGCUUUUGUCAAGAGGUUCAGCAGAAAUUUGGAAACGCGCCGCUUUUGAGUCCGGAGCGAGAGUCCGGUGAGGACAGCGAGGGAGUGGUGUCGACGACACCAGAGCAGGAAUCCAGCUACUUCAGCGAAGAAUCACCCAAUAACAUCGGGAACUCCCUGGAAGAAGCAAAAGGCGAACAAUCCUGGCGAUUGCCGGAAUCAUCGUCGGAGUGGAUUACAAGUUUCCCGCACACGCCUGUGAGUCCCAGCGGGUCUUGGGGAAAUCCUGCCGGCUACUCUGGAGAGCGUCACAGCGAGGAUGAUAUCUCGGAAGCAACGCUUUCCGAUCAGAUCCGGGCCGCCCUCUGGACACUCGAAUCCAAGCUCCAGCUCCAGCGCCCACCAAUUGUUGGUCACAACCAGUUCUUUGACUUGUUGUUCAUUUACCAAACCUUCUUUGACGAUCUCCCUGCUUCCUGCGGGGAAUUCUUUGCCAACAUCUACGAGUUGUUUCCCCACAUAAUCGAUACCAAACUCAUGGCAAUCGCCGAUCAGGCGAUCGAAGGGGAAGAUCCGCUGGCGGAUAUAUUCGACAGAUUCAUUGGCGAUGUUUGCAGGCCGUCUAUUGGCUGGGAUCCGGCCCAUGGGUACAGUCGAAGGGCGAACGCCCAUGAAGCAGGCUACGACAGCUUCAUGACUGCUGUUAUCCUUCUGCGACUCGCACAUAAACUUGCUCGAAGGACACUCGACAACGUCGACGAGGGUGAGAGCUGGGACAAGAAGAUGCGUCGAUUGUACGACAAGGGCUGGCUACUAGAGAUUGGACGUGACCCCGAAUGCUUUGGAUCGGACUCAGGAUCGGACUUUGAGAAAUCGACGGCAUCCUCAGACGGCGAUGACGAAGAAGUCGGAGAGCUCUACUGGGGUCAUUCUGUGUUCGACAUGUUCCGCAACACUCUGCGAAUCGGCCCCUCCACCAAUGUUUUUCUGGAGAGACAGUGGGCAGCCGAUCGAGCCUUUCGCCAGGUUCCGCGUCCGACGUCAGACACGGAAGGAUGCAGUAUUCGUUCUUGA